AUGACUCCCCCAGCCAUAAUCGCGCCCUCGAUACUGAGUGCCGACUUUGCGGCACUAGGCAGUGAGUGCUCCAGAACCAUGGACCAGGGAUGUGACUGGCUUCAUGUCGACAUUAUGGAUGGCCAUUUUGUCCCCAACAUCACAUUUGGCGCGCCGGUUGUGUCCAAGAUCCGACCACAUGUGGAAAGACCUCAGAUUCCCGGCGGAAGAGGCACGUUUGAUUGUCACAUGAUGAUUGCAGAGCCUCACCGCUGGGUCUCCACAUUCCGCGAUGCCGGCUGCGACCUCUACUGCUUCCACUACGAAGCAGCCAUCACCUCCGUAGCAGCCACGAGACCCGAAGACAAAACCACGACGCGACCCACGUCGCCAAGGGAACUAAUCCGGUACAUCCACGAACUGGGUAUGCAGGCCGGCAUCGCGAUAAAACCGGAAACCAGUGUCGACGUCCUCUGGGAGAUAUUGGAGGCUGAGUUUGAGGAGGAAAGGCCGGAUAUGGUUCUCAUUAUGACCGUGAACCCUGGCUUCGGGGGCCAAAAAUUCAUGGCCUCGGAACUCCCCAAAGUGACGGCAGUGCGGCAGCGAUACCCAGAUCUCAAUGUCGAAGUGGAUGGUGGCCUGUCGGAAUCAACAAUCGACCAGGCCGCGGACGCCGGCGCGAAUGUCAUUGUAGCGGGCUCGGCGGUGUUUGGCGCCAAGGACCCGGGACAUGUUAUACGGGUACUGAGAGACGCUGUGGAGAGGAGGAGGGAACUAGAGGCUGGCAGAUUAUGA